AAGCAGCUGGCGACUGGCUCUGAGCAGGCCUGGGCAGGGCCCCAGCUGUCUGACCGUGUUCACCUUACCGACUCGCGUGCACGCACAGAUGACUGUUGUUGUUGCAAGCCCUCCCCCUCCCCCCCCCCCGCGGCCCUGGUGGGGAGGAGCCUUGCACAAUUCCCCCCCCCCCCCCCCACUUUCUGCUUGCUCCUGGGCACCAGCUGGGAUCGGUUUGCACAUGGCCUUGGCACCUUGCAGCCGCAGCCUGGCAGGCGAGAGUGAGAGCAGGCGCUUCCUGCUGCAGAGGGCUUGCAGCAUCUCUACUCGCUUAACCAGGUCCAGGGCAGGGAUGAUGACUCGCAGCCGGGCGUGACCAUGGAGCCUCGAUCUGCCAUUGCAGCUUGUCUCCAACAGUAAUCAGUUUUUUUCCAGCUCUGCCUCCCUGCGAUCUUCCAACCCCAGCUCUGCUCCCCCGGGGAAUCCUACGGGCAGCGUCGGGAUGCUCAGGUUGCAGAGCUGGACACUCAACCAACCGAUGAGUCACCGGGAGUGAAUGGGCUGGUACCCCAAGGCAGGAAACAGGAGGAGAAGCCACAAAACUACCACUCAUUGCAGCCAGCUGGGGCAUUUGAUAGAGCAUCAUGGGCUGUGCAGUGGGAGAGUGCUGAAAGGCAAGAUCUUGCUGCACCCAUGGGCACUGGGGUAGAACCCCAAGGAGCUUGCCUCUCUUCUCUGCACCCCCAGCAUCAAGCCCCCAGGCUCGUUGGGAAGGGACCAGCCUCUCCUCAUGCUGGGCCAGGAGCUGAGCCGCCCUCCAAAAUGUGUCUGUCCUCAUGCCGCAGAGAUGAAGCAGGGUUGAACUCUCCUGAUGGAGGCUGGGCACGUCACCCCUGGAAGCCAGACCCUGGGCCGCCUGGGCAUGCUCUGCCCCUCCUGCUCACCGUGUUUGUCUGGCUGGCCACUGGCACCACCAUGUCCAGCCUCAACAAGUGGAUCUUCGCCACCCACAAUUUCCGGUACCCCGUGCUGCUGUCAUCCCUGCACAUGCUCACGGCCGUGCUGGUGGGCUACCCACUGGCCAGACUGCGGGCACGCGGGGAGGGGGGCGCGGCCCUGGGCACCAGCACUAAGGCCAGAGUCUGCCUGCUGAGCUUGACCUUCUGCGCCAGCGUGGCCUUCGGGAACCUGGGCCUCAACUACGUGCAGCUGGACUUUGCCCAGAUGGUGUACACCACCACGCCCCUCUUCACCCUGACGCUGUCCCAGGUGCUGCUGGGCCAGCGCCAUCACCUGCUGCAGUACGUCGCCAUGGGGCCCAUCUGCUUGGGCGCCUCCUUCAGCAUCAUCGGGGAGGCGCACUUCGACCAGGCUGGCUGCUGCUUCCUCUUCGCUGCUACCUUCCUCCGUGGAUUAAAGUCCUUGCAGCAAAGUACCCUGCUGCAGGACAAGAAGCUGGACGCUGUCAUCUUGCUCUGCCUGACAUCCCUGCCCAGCUUCUGCAUCCUCUUCACGGCGGCUCUGGUGCUGGAGGUGGGGGCAGCCUGGGAGGGCAUGCUGCACUACGGCAGUGCCCUCUGGGCCUGUGUCCUGCUCAGCUGCCUGGGCUCUGUCCUCUAUAACCUGGCCAGCUUCUGUGUCAUCUCGCUGACCUCCGCCCUCACCAUCCACGUACUGGGCAACUUCAAUGUGGUGGGAAACCUGGUGCUGUCACACCUCCUCUUCGGCAGCCACCUGAGUGGGCUCAGCUACGCAGGCAUCGGCCUCACCCUCUCGGGGAUGUUCCUGUACCACAACUGUGAGCUCAUUGCUGGCUACUGGGGUUCCAGGCUGGCUCUGGGCCGGGGCCAGGUGAAACCAGAAUGAGUCCUGUGCUAGGGCACAGUGCAAGCCUUGAACUGUACAGACUGCAGUGCUCUGUGUGAGCGUGUGUGCAUGUGUGUGCAGGCGCGGGCGUUUGUGUGCGUGCACACUCUUGUCCUCUGCUGGAUGAUGUGUAUCAGACCCAGUAUGUGUGUGUGUGUGUGUGUGUACGCACUCUGGUUUUCUACUGAUGGAAAUGUCAGACCUCCUCCUCUGAGAGUGUGUAUUUGUGCUCUCACUACUGAUCUCUGUUGGAUGGUGUAGAUCAGAUCUCUGUGUGUGUGUGUGUGUGUGUGUUUGUGUAUCACUAUUGUCCUCUGUUGGAUGGUGUAUGUUGGGGCUGGGACUGCAUGGAUGAGGGAAGGUGUUAGAGGUAUGUGCGUCAGGAUGUAUAUGUCAGCGUGCUUGUGCGUGUAUACCUUGUAUUGGAUGGAAUAGCUCAGUCCCCUUCCAGUGUCUGUCAGUUCUCCCUUAUGGCCAGAGUAGCUCCUUGGAGCAGCCUUGGUUUGGAGCUAACCCACGUUCAGGUUCCUAGGCCCCCCGCCUGUGGGGAGCCCUCGGAUGAGCACAGCCGCAGACUGUCCCAAGGGAAGUCGCAGCGGCCUAGUGCCCUGGGUUGGGGGUGAGUGUCCGUUCUAUUGCUAUGAGCCAGCAGGCAGGGUUGGUGCCAGCAUCAUGCUCCUCAAAAGCUGGUCUGGGUGAAACGCGGUGUCCAGGAUCUGGUGGGUGGGGUUCUGUAGUGUUCAGAAGAAAUCGUAAGUGUGGUUAACUUUUUACAUGACUGAUUCACCCGGUCUGGCCUUCCAGGUUUCCUGGCUCAGCGAUGUGGCUGGGACGAGGCAGAACCCCUGAAAUGCUGUAAGGGAGGCUGCAUUCCUGGCCCAGUGGGAAUCAUCCCAGAGAGCCCACCCCAUGAAGGUCCCAGCUUAAGAGCUUGAGAUGCCAUCAGACUCCUGGGGUGCCUCAGAUCCUGGCUCUGUAGCUUCUCAGUAAGUACAGAGCUGCCAGCUGAGAUGCAAAUUGGGUCCAGUGUCCACACACAUACAAAAAGAACAGGAGUACUCGUGGCACCUUAGAGACUAACAAAUUUAUUAGAGCAUAAGCUUUUGUGGGCUACAGCCCACUUCAUCGGAUGCCUAGAAUGGAACAUAUAGUAAGAAGAGAUAUAUAUAUAUAUACACACAUACAUACAGAGAUGGUGGAAGUUGCCAUACAAACUGUAAGAGGCUAAUUAAGUAAGAUGAGCUAUUAUCAGCAGGAGAAAAAAACUUUUGUAGUGAUAAUCAAGAUGGCCCAUUUAGACAGUUGACAAGAAGGUGUGAGGAUACUUAACUUAGGGAAAUAGAUUCAAUAUGUGUAAUGACCCAGCCACUCCCAGUCUCUAUUCAAACCCGAGUUAAUGGUAUCUAGUUUACAUAUUAAUUCAAGCUCAGCAGUUUCUCGUUGGAAUCUGUUUGGAAGCUUUUCUGUUACAAAAUUGCCACCCUUAAGUCUUUUACUGAGUGGCCAGAGAGAUUGAAGUGUUCUCCUACCAGUUUUUGAAUGUUAUGAUUCCUGAUGUCAGAUUUGUGUCCAUUUAUUCUUUUGCGUGGAGACAGUCCAGUUUGGCCAACUAUAUUUUCCAUUCUAUGCAUCCGAUGAAGUGAGCUGUAGCCCACGAAAGCUUAUGCUCAAAUAAAUUGGUUAGUCUCUAAGGUGCCACAAGUCCUCCUUUUCUUUUUGCGAAUACAGACUAACACGGCUGCUACUCUGAAACCUGUUGUCUCACACACACACACACACACACUCUCCCAGGUGUGCACACGUGAUCCCAGUUACACGCAAACACACUGCUUUUUAGAGACCCUCUCCGCAGCCUUUAACGCCACCCAGCUGGGCUCUGAUCAUCCAGCGCCGCCGCAUCAGUCGCGUCUGGCACCCUUGUGGUGAACAGGCCUGUCGUGGUGUUGCACUUGGGGUGCCGAUGCCAGUGGCUGAGCCCUGCCCGUGGCCAGGAGCACAAGACCCAAACAAUGGCUCCUCUGGCCCUCAAUAAAGCUCUAUUUUUGUCCUA